CCCUUGUCGACUACAGCUGGCGCUCAAGCUCUGCUUCUCCACACGUCGCGCGGGCAGUCUGCAGCUGGAAGAGAGCGCUCUGCUCGGGCGCUGUCUCAACUCGCCUUCGAAGCGGUAGUGCGGUACUGCCACCCUCGACGCGCUCAACGUAGGAUGCGUCGAAGGCGGCCUUUGACUUCCUCCGCGUCUGGUCAACGCGGAUGCCAGCCGCGACUGGCUUCGAUGACUUCGACUUUCGCGGGUCAUCGUCCGAGAGAGUAGGGAUAUAAGGGAGCGGAGGAGAUGGUACGACGGCAUCCAAUUUUUCUAACUUCGCAACUAGUAAUCCCUCAGCUCCACAAAGCAAUCCAUCUAGCAUGUCCGCUGCAGGCCAAGUCACCUAUCGCCAGCUCGGCAAGUCCGGUCUGCGCAUCUCUGUUCCAAUUCUGGGCACAAUGAGCUUCGGAAAUCCUGAGUGGGCGGCCUUCGGAGCGAAAUGGGUUCUCGGCGAGGAGGAGAGCCUGCGCAUCCUGAAGACGGCCUGGGAUAUGGGCAUCAACACCUUCGACACGUCGAACAACUAUUCGAAUGGCGACUCGGAGCGGAUGCUAGCUAAGUUCAUUGAGAAGUACAACAUCCCCCGCGAAGAGAUCAUCAUCGCCACCAAGUGCUUCCACCUCGUCAGCAAAGACCCCACCGCCGUCUCCCGCGCCCGCCCCGACCUCCUUAACACGCGCGAGUACCUCAACCGUGCCGGCCUCUCUCGCGCCGCCAUCUUCAACGCUGUCGACGCCUCCCUCGCGCGCCUCAACACGCCCUACAUCGACCUCUACCAGAUCCACCGCUUCGACCCGACCGUGCCCGCGGAGGAAACGAUGGAGGCGCUGCAUGAUCUCGUGCAUGCGGGCAAGGUGCGAUAUAUCGGCGCAAGCGCAAUGCGGUGCUGGCAGUUCGCGCACUUGGACACGGUGGCGGAGAAGAAUGGGUGGACGAAGUUUGUGAGCAUGCAGAACCAGGUGUCGUUGUUGUAUCGGGAGGAGGAACGCGAGAUGCUCGCCUACUGCAAGUUCAACGGCAUCGGCGUCAUCCCUUACUCCCCUCUCUUCGGCGGCAAGCUAGCGCGCCCGCUCAAGUCGGACACCACCGCCCGCGAGACCGCCGUGACUGCCAUGAUGAGUGGGGACGUGUCCGAGGCGGACCGCGCCAUCAUCGCGCGCGUGCAGGAGAUCGCGGAGCGCAGAGGCUGGAAGAUGAGCCAGGUCGCGCUGGCGUGGGUGGCAAGCAAGACGGACAGCCCGAUUGUGGGGGCGAACUCGCCGGAGCGGGCGUUGGAGAGCGCGAUUGGGGGCCUCGAGCUGACAAAGGAGGAGGUUGCGUACUUGGAGGAGCCGUACAAGCCAAAGGCGGUCAUGCAUCAUGCGUAAAAAUUCAGCAUGUGCGAUGCAAUUGAGGUGAGAUGUACAUAGUUAAGACCAUGUAAAGCGUAUUCUCGAUAUUGUUAUCCUGUCCGACGCGAAAGGCACCUACUUACUGUCGUGAGACUCGCCAGCCGCCAUGAGAUGUCCGCGUCGCAAGCGGUUCCGGCAAGGAGACUGAUAUUCCGCGGCUCCCGAGUGUUUUCGCUCGAUGGAAGGGCCAAGCAAGCACAGGUCAAGCAGUAAGC